CUGACAGGGUCUAUUCUUGCGCAUGAAAUGAUGCAUGCAUGGCUACGACUUCAAGGUUAUGGAGGCCUCAGUCCAGAAGUGGAAGAAGGCAUUUGUCAGGUUCUAGCUCACAUGUGGAUUGAAUCUGAAAUCAUGUCUGGCUCUGGGAGCGAUUUUGCUUCUUCUUCGUCGUCAACUUCCUCGUCCAAAAAGACCUCAAGAUCGCAAUCCGAGAGAAAGCUCGGAGAAUUCUUCAAACGACAAAUCGAAGCAGAUUCUUCUCCUGUAUAUGGAGAUGGUUUUCGUGACGGAAAUGAGGCAGUGAUCAAGUAUGGUCUCAGGACUACUCUUGACCAUAUAAAGUUGACUAAAAAUUUUCCAUACUGAUUAUAUAAAAGCCUGAUUUUUUCUCUUCAUGUAAGUUCCAAAGCUCAGACUUUUGAGUUUUCCAUUCAGCAAUGACUGCAUAAACCAAAGUUAACAUAGAAAAAUGAUAUGUUAGGUUUACAUAUUA